UUGAGUCAUCUUUGUGUGUUGAAUUCACUGGGGCGGUUAAUCAAAAUUGGAAAUUUCAAUCAUGAGUAGAUUGUGUCCAAGCAUUCACCCACCAGAGGACUACUUGUUACCGAAAGACAUCACCGGUUUUUCUGGGCCUCACCCAAAACUAAAAUCUAACUCAAGGUUGCUGUAUGUAUAUGUAUCUAUUCGCUGCUGCUUGGCCUGUAGAUGCUAUAAUACUGCUACUACUACUACUAAAUCAUUGCACGUUGCCCAAGUUUCUUCUGCUGUUGGUGGUUCAGAUAACUCUGAGUCUCAAAGGAAACCCCUGGGGGAUGAUUUCAUAAUGAAUUUAGAAGAAUUGUUUUCUGAAAUCAAAAGCAUGAUAAGCACCGGUAAUAGAGAUGAUGCUGUUGAUCUUCUUGAGGCAAAUUUUGAAGUCGUGAGAGAACAAAUGGUUGUGGGAAGUAAAACUAUAAAAGAAGCUGCUGUUUUGGAUGUCAUAGCCUUGGGGUACAUGGCUCUUGGAGAUCUCAAGAUGGUCAAAUCUAUUUUGAAUAUGUUGAAUGAAAUUGUACGUGAUUUGAGGGACGACGAGUCUCUUCUUGAUUCAAUACUUACACACAUGGGGAGUCUGAACUCAGCUUUAGGAAGGUUUGAGGAUUCUACGCUUCUGUACAAGAGAGUCUUUGAAAUGUUGGAAACAAAUCACGGGAGUAAUAGUACAUCUCUUGUGAUGCCAUUAUUGGGAAUGGGCAAGGCUCUUGGUUCUGCUGGCAGAGCGACAAAGGCAAUUGACGUCUAUCAUCGCACUAUUUCAAUAUUGGAAUCUAACCUUGGAGCAGAAAGCAAGGAACUGGUGGUACCUUUAAAUGCUCUUGGCAAUCUUUUAAUUGAAGAAGGAAAGGCUGAAGAUGCUGAAAGUGCUUUUAUGAGAAUUGUAGGCAUAUAUACCAAGUUAUAUGGAAAAGAUGAUGAAAGAGUUGGAAUGGCCAUGUGUGCUCUAGCUAAUGCAAAGUGUGCAAAAGGAGACGCAGAAGCGGCCAUCAACUUGUACAGGAGUGCUAUUCAAAAUCUGGAGCAUUCAGAAAAUACGAAUUUAGAUGACAGCAUAUUGGAGAAGACAAGGAUAGACUUGGCAGAGUUGCUUCAUGCUGUAGGAAGAGAAAAGGAAGGACGGCAGCUGCUGGAAGAAUGUUUGUCCAUCACCAAAAAAUUCAAAGGAGAAAACGAUCCGAGUUUUAUCACCCACCUUAUAAAUCUGGCAACUUCAUAUUCACGUUCCAAAAACUAUGUAGAAGCUGAGCGCCUCUUAAGAUCAAGUUUACAAAUCAUGAAUAAAUCCGUUGGCCCUGAUGAUCCUUCAAUCACAUUUGCAAUGCUUCAGCUCGCUGUGACUCUCUACAACCUGAAGAAGGAUGAAGAAGCUGAGCAACUGGCACUUGAGGUCUUGCGGGUUCGUGAGAAAGCCUUUGGAACUGCCUCUGUCCCAGUUGGGGAAGCCUUGGAUUGUUUAAUAUGCAUUCAGAAGAGACUGGGUAGAGAUGACGGUGAGAUAUUGGAGUUGCUUAAGAGGAAUCUGAGCAUACAAGAGAAAGCAUUUGGGGAUGAAAGUGAACAAGUCAUUGGAACUCUCAAGAAGAUUGUAUUUUACAUGGACAAACUUGGAAUUAAGGAUCAAAAGUUCCCUUUUCAAAGGAGAUUGUCUUUUCUUAGAAAUAAAUUCAAGGAACAAGUCCAGUAUUGACAAAUUCAUAGGAUGCUUUUGUACUUUAUCUCAGUCACUUCCUGUAAGUUGAUCUAUAGGCUUGUUAUCUACUGACAGGUUCAACUUUUAAUGUCUGCUAUACAUAUAUAGUGUUGGAAAAUCA